GAUGGGACUCUGCUGAUGCUGAUGCGAGAGUCUCCGGCGCCUGUGAUUAACAUCGUUGGACUGAUUGUCGUGUGAUGGACCUUCUCGAUCUCAUUCAACAAGCUCGUCGUUUCCUAGUGGUUUACGGAUGUGCUUUAUGGGUGCUGGCACAAACGAGGGCAUGAGAUCGGAGGAUUUCUGAGGAGAAAGCGCAGUUUUCGACUCGUCACUCGUCUGGCCUGUCUUGGCUGACACAGGUGGAUUUGACGCCGCAAAACGGCGACCAAAGGACGAAAUAACACCGGGCUGUGACUGAGACAGCUAUUUGUGUCUCGUAUGCUGCACAUUUUAAGUGAAAAGGAAACGGCUGGGUGUGUUUAAACGAGGCGGGGGGAGAUGGACUGUGUAUAGUGUUAGCCUGCUAGUGCGGCUAAUGUCGCUAGCUCGUCACGGAGCCCGCUCGACCAAUGGGAAGAGAGGGGGGCGGGGCUACGGUCCGUUGCUGACUUAAAAGCGUUUUCUGCACGCGCGCGUCUCAUUAACGGCGUUAAAACGGAAGGUGGAAGGUGUUUGAGUCUCGACGACGCCUGGGCUCAGUUGACGCCUCUUUAGCGAAUUUACAGUGCAUUAAGUUGAGAAAAAUCCUCUUAGAAGCGUUAUGUUGACAAACACUUACGACUUACCGCGUUAAUUCGUAUUUUGUUGUUAACUUGAAGACUCAAGUGUGUUCAAGUGUUCAGCAGCUCCAGGUCGAAGUGAAAUUAUUGAUGUUGCUGAAAAAAUAGGGCAGCAUCUAAGAGUGAAUCCACGAUGACAGAAAAGCACAUAGUGAGUCAAAGCUAGUUUAUAUAUAUAUAUUACAAAUAAUUCACCGUGGCGUUUAAAGCCAAGCAACAAUGAAAUGUAAAUAACAUGUUAUCAAAACUACUGGUACUGACUGAGUUUGCUCUUAUCUGUAAAACCUGGUGUAUUUAAUUGUUAAGAGGUAACCAACAAUUCUCUCGAUUAUUUAAUUCACUGGAGGUGUAUCUAGCCACAUAAAAACAUGGCGUUAAAGCUGGUGAACUGGAUUUUGACGACAGCAGUCAGAUAAAACGUCUCCCAACUCUUUCAAGUUUUCUAGGAGGGGUAGCCAGGAUAAAUGGAGACGACAGUCCUGUCUAGCCCUCUGGGGCUCACGCAGUGGGAGGCCGACCAGACAUUUCCUCUGGGAUUUCAACUUCUGGAUUCAGACAAUGAAGCUGUGCUCUGUCAAAGUGGCCAGACAGGUUUGGGUUUCAGGAAAGGCGAUCAGGGUGAAACUCUCAAACAAAGUGAGGAAGAAAAGGUUUUUGUGGAUAAGCCGGACGAGUUGGAAAACUUCAUAAAUGCCUCAACUUUUUCCUGUGGAGAUUUGCAGUUUUUCGGAGGACACGCUGCAAUUUCCCAAACUUCUCUCAAGCAAGAAUUGUCUUGCACAGAAAAAACUGAAGGACUUGAUGAAAUCAGUGACUGCACUUUGUCGUGGCUCUUUUCUCCAGACUUGGCUGAUGUGAUUGGGAAAACCUCUGCCCGCAAGGAGCUGACUCUGACACAGGAUUCCCCUCUUGAGGGGUCGGAUGUCCUCAUUAACCAGGCUGAGCAAAUGAGCCUCAGUAUGCCAUCUUCACAUACAAUAUCAGAGGACAAUUCUGAUUUUAACACAAGUGAUCCAUUUUUGUUAGUAGAUCUUUCGAAUGAAAACUCUUGUCUCACGCCGACGUCUUCAGGGGAGUUGAAUGCACAGGGUGUCACUGAGGAGCUGGAAUACCUGCCACAGGAGGAGCAGACAGGUCUCCCUCCCCUACCGAGCAGUGAGACUUUGUCACCUGAAACCGGUCACAAAAGUUUAUUCCCUGAUCAAGUGACUGAUCUGCCUGUAACCAGUCACUCUACCCCUCUAGGUUUAUCUGAGACCUGCCUGCAGCCUAACCAUAUCAAGAAACUCCAGGAGUGUUUUGAAGGAUCUGUGCCUUUGUUGGAUUUAGAGGUUCCAGAUUUUGACAACGGUGUCAGCCUAUGCCCCGUCGGUUUUGAAUCCGUCUGCACAGGUAAUUCUUUAGAUUUAUCAACAGAAGAGUUGGGGCUGGCACAAGCUACUGUAAUUGGAGAUCUUCCUUCAGAGCAACAAAGUGAGAAUGAAUCACUUGCUCUGGGUUUGUCGGAUGAGCCUUCUUUCCUGACACUGCCUCUGACUGAAGAUGCUUCCAUUCAGGGUGAUCUCACCACUGAGAAUAACUCUGUGGAGAAUGUUUCCCAGGAUUUGAUGGAAGACGACGUUUGUUUUGGAGCAAAAAAUCACGGGCAUGAAACAAUGGCUUUGGAUCUAAACUUGACUGUUGAAGAGGCCCAUAAUGACGAAUCGUGGGACUUGAAACCACAGGAGGGUGUGCAGAAUGGAAGUGCUAUCAGUCCAACAGCUGAGCAGACGGAGGAGAAGCUGACGCACACCAACCAGCUUGAGGAAUCAGAUUGUCAUGAAGUGACUUCCUUGGAUUUUUCGGUUCAGGACGUGAACACGUCUCCUGAAACUGGGUGGACUAGUGAGCAGGAUGUGGUGGCCAUUUCUCUCUCUAAGAUGGUGGUAGAUGACUCACUGCCAAUGGUCUCAGCUGAGAAUACGAGGGAGGAAGAUGUCUCUCCGCUAAAAGCUGUAUUCGAUGCUUUAGACCAAGAUGGAGAUGGCUUCGUUCGUAUUGAAGAGUUUAUGGAGUUUGCGGCUGCCUAUGGGGCCGAUCAGGUAAAGAAUCUGACCAAGUUUUUGGAUCCCAGUGGCCUUGGAGUCAUCAGUUUUGAAGACUUUCACCGUGGAAUAUCUGCAAUUAGCAAUGGUGGCCCAGAACCACAGAUCUACAAUGUAAGCUACAGUCCAGGGGAUGGAGCUGUGAGCUGUCCAGAGGAGUAUGAUGAGCAAAAUGAGGUGACAGACAGUGCAUACCUGGGCUCUGAGAGCACAUACAGUGAGUGUGAAACCUUCACUGAUGAGGACACGGGAGCCCUCGUACCUCCUGAGAUGCAUGAAGAUGUGGAGACAGACAGCGGCAUUGAGGCCACGCUGCACGAUCCUGAAGAUGCUGGAAACAGGUUUUCCCUGAACUCUGAGCACCACAACCACUCCUUGGUGACAGUCAUUGGCGGAGAAGAGGAACACUUUGAGGACUUUGGGGAAAGUAACACCUCUGAGCUGUCGUUAGAAACCAGUGUGGAAGGAUCUGUAGGACAAAGUGACUCCCCUCCGCCCCCUGACCAGGUCAAUGGCUCAUCAGUUCUCUCUCCCAGUGCAACCGCUUCUCUCCCUGACUGCUUUCAGAGCUUCCUCAGGGAGGAGGCGCUGGACUUUUUCUGUAGCCAAUGUCACAAACAAAUAAGUCGUCUCGAAGACCUCUCCACUCGCCUCAAUUUCCUAGAGAUGACUAGUGCUGGGAAGAGGCUGUCCAGCAAGAAAGUGGCAAGACACCUCCUUCAGAAUAGUUCAAUGACACUGGACACCAUGAGUGACUUAACGCGGGACAUCCUGGAACUUGCUGACAACGACAUCACAGACAAGAUGUUGCUUCUUGAGCGUCGAGUGGCAGAGCUGGAGAAGGAGUCCGAGGCAUCGGGAGAGCAGCAUGCGCGGCUGCGUCAGGAGAACCUUCAGCUGGUGCAUCGGGCCAAUGCACUGGAGGAGCAGUUGAAGGAGCAAGAGCUCUAUGCUGAUGAGCAGCUACAGAUAGAGAUUCGACGCCAAAAGGAGGCCGUGAGCAAGCUGGAAAGAGAGAAGGGGCUGGAGCUGGAAAACUUACAGGCUAGGGUGCAGCAGCUUGAUGAGGAGAACAGUGAGCUUAGAUCCUGUGUUCCAUGUCUUCGAGCAAACAUCGAGAGACUAGAGGAGGACAAGAGGAAGCUGGAGGAUGAAGGAGAGACUGUGUCUGACAGGCUGAAGGAGGAGACAGAAUCACGCAGAAAGAUGGCAGACAAAUUAAGUCACGAGCGUCACCAAAACCAAAAGGAGAAGGAAUCCACUCAAGAACUUAUUGAAGACCUUCGUAAACAACUUGAGCAUCUGCAGCUUUACAAGCUGGAGGCUGAAGCAAAGAGAGGUCGCUCUCCCAGUGCAGGCCUGCAAGAGUAUCAGACACGCACCCGUGAAGCGGAGUUGGAACAGGAGAUCAAACGACUGAAACAGGACAACCGUACUCUGAAGGAGCAGAAUGAUGAAUUAAAUGGCCAGAUUAUCAACUUGAGCAUCCAGGGGGCCAAGAACUUGAUGUCUUCCUCCUUCUCAGACUCUCUGGCAGCUGAAAUCAACUCUGUGUCUCGUGUAGAAUUGAUGGAGGCUGUUCACAAACAAGAGGAGAUCAACUACAGACUCCAGGACUACAUUGACAAAAUCAUUGUGGCUAUUAUGGAGUGCAACCCUGCCAUCCUGGAGGUCAAAUAAACACCAUCAAGCCAGAAGGUCACUCACAGUGACUCCAAAAGCUGUAAAAAAUACAUAUACUGGAGACAAGAGGAUGACGUACAAGAAAGGAUGGAAAAAAAAAAAAAGAAUAUUCAGACAUGCUCUGACUUGAGGGAGGAAAAAAAACUGUAAAUCAAUGCACUCAACUCAACCAAUCAUCUCUGAAAAUAAUUUAGAUUUCUAAGAAGUCCAUGGCUGGCUAUGUGAAAUAAGGUUUUUGUUCCCCCCCUUUUUGGGGGGGGGUAUCCCUGAGCCUGUGUACAUUUGUAUACGUUAGUCCUUCUGAAAGCACUUUGGUUCUGGUGACUUCCAUUUAUUUGGCUAGAGGGACCCAAGUCUCCCCUGUUGAGUGAGUGAGUGAGUGAGUGAAUGUGGAAAUGUGUGCAAGAUGUCAAUGUAAAAGACCGUCUUACCGUCCUCUUUCCAAAAACAAUGUGUCAACGUUUGAGCUAAGAAAAUCAGUUGUACCUAAAGGCCUUAAAAGAAAAGUGAUCAAGGCUCAGUUCGGUCUCGGCUGGAAUGAUGGUAUGUGGGCAGAUAGCAGCUGAACCACGCUGAUUCGUGUCUAAUCACAAGUCGUAUGAAGUGCUGGUCAGAACAGUUUGUGUUGAACAUUUUUAGAGCUUGCUGUGCUGCCUACUGGGCUCUGCGUAUGCUCUGUCCUUUAAAUAAGUUUAUCUGUCAUUCCAGUGAACCCAAGUGAGGGACAUUUUCUGCUGGUUUCCAGACUGAAAUGCCUGGAGGGUUUAACUGUGUGUAAGUGUUUGUGUGUGAGGUGUUGGACAUUCCCUUGUUUGCACUGUUUUUUGGCUUUGAACAAGCUUGGUGACACUAGAAGGGGUGAAAAGAGUGACAGUCAGUCAUUCCUGUGAACUUCAAUGUCACAAAUGAAGGAACCGGGUGCUUUUGUAAUAACUUCAUGGUUUAUCUUUUUUACUAUGAAACAGGGUCCUGGAGUUCACGUGGGCUGGAAAAGCACUACUUUUUCUGCGAAUCUCGUUAGAUGGGAUAAUGUCUCCGACAGAAAUUAACUUGCUUAUACCGACUUAACUCUCCAGACACUUGAGUUAAGCUAGAAUGGAAGCCGAUAAGAGAAUGGUAGUUUUAUUUUUGUACGCACAGCCCACCUGACCCAAGUUCUCUUGCUGAGUGAAAUGGAAAAGCAUAUCCAACUUUUUUUUUUCCUGUUCAUUGUCAGUACAAAAAAAAAAAAAAAAAAAAAUCACUGACAGGCUCUGUGAAGAUUCAAAAGCGCUGGACUUUGCACUAUGUUUUGAUUUAAUUAUUGUUUUUGUUUGAUAGUAAAAAAUAAAUAUGUAUAUUGUGAAAGGGAUCAAGUUAAAAAUGAAGCUAAUUUUUUCAGCCUGGAUGAAUAUGAUGAAGUGUGAGAUUUGGCUGCAGCAGGCAUGCCAGCAAAGUUGGGACUGGUGUGGACUGCGGAAGCCUCCCUCGUAUUUAAAAAGGAAAAGAGAAGCAUCACACUAAUGCCAUCUUUAAUCAAACAAUACUGCAGCCAUGUCUUGUGGAUUAAUUGAAUUUUCAUUCUGAUGCUGUAUUUUUCUCCAACCGACUGAAGAAGGGAUGGCAGACCUUGGUAGCAAUAAUGCUUGACAAGACGAUGGACACUGGUGGAUAUUUUGAUGAGGAACACAAUAUAUAAACUGAUUUUCGACUGAUCGGUACUGUACAGCCGUCUCUUCUGGACCUUGAAAGACCUGGACAUGGAACAUACUCAGCAGGCAUCUCUAAAGACUUUUUUUGUGGACGUUGGGGAGGUUGUUUCCAAACAGCAUGGCAUUCUGCACCAAUAUGCUAAGAUAUUCUAUUUUUCAUCUUUCAUCUCUGUCUCACUGCUCCUCUUCACCUGCCACUCCAUGGAAAAUGGCCUUGGAUGUAAAUGACUUGUAAAGUUUUUUCUACACUCAUUCUAGAUUCUAGGUAUUUUUAUAGUCGGAAAAGAAAAGAGGACUUCUUUUUCGUACGCAGAAGAAACAUCUGCCUGUAUUCUUUAGCAUGUAGCGUGUACAGCAUCAUCAGGGUUUUUUCCUCAUUUAGAAAUCACUUGCAAAUAUUUAUUGGGCAACAACUUUCACUCUGAUCUGUUCUGCUGAAUUUAUGUUGAUACAAUAUUGAACUCACAGUGAGAGAUGAAUGCACACUUAUCAAAUCUGUGGUAGAGUUUAUCAUAGGGUAAAAACAGGAUUUAAAAGUUUAUCAUCUGUGUGUUACCAUCAUGUGCAAAAAGCUUGAAUGUGACCUGCUUACAAUGGUAGUUGUUGAGGUCUGUGCACUUCUCAUAAUGCUGACGUUUUGACCUUUCCAAGGUUGUGAUUCAAAUAUAGCAAGAGUCUGCAGUUUCUACUGUUGUCUUCCCAGAUUGAGUCAGGUACUGCAUGGACACAGAUUUUUUUUUUUUUUGUCUAUUUCUGAUCCUCAUGUUGGACUUGUGUUUUGACUGACAAAUCAUACGCCAUUACUUCUGACAGCAGAGGUGUAGGAUGUGAGACCUCGUUAUAUCAGCCUGACACCUGAAGUCUCCCACACAGGCUUGUGUAUUUCUGGCUUUCAAAGGGACAGAAGGUUUUUCCUACAGAUUUACAUCUUAUUUCUUUAUAAUGAGGGGAAAUGUGACACAGAGACAGUAGACUUGUAUCACAUUGAAAUCACUUCUAUAAUUAAUAUAUUGUCUGUUUUACAGCAGAUAGUUUGAGGACCAACAUGGCUGAAAACAGCAAGAUUAGACACUGAAACCACAGAGCUAACAAAACAUUUGCUUUCAGCAUAUCUGAAGAAGAUGGCACUUUAACCAGAUCUACUUUUUCCAUUUUAAUUCCUGCUCUAAAAUGACCAAAGAUGGAUGUUUGAACUAACACGAUAUCACUAUCUGUUGGUUUGUGAUCCCUUUUGGGAGCACUCUUCUCUCGUAACUCCGCACUCUCAUCUUUCCCUAAUUAAAAGUAAGAAACUGGCCUGCUAGUCUAAACACUGUGCCUCUGUGUCUCAAACUUUGCCUCUGAACUAACCUGAUAACAGGGCAUGGGUAAAGCACUGACUAUGUGACUGUCAGUUUGUUUAAUUUUAAUGAUGAGAACCGAACUGUAAAUAUAAAUUGUCAUAUUCGUGGACUAUUUUCUUUUUCUCUCACACUCACUUCCAGUGUCCAAAGAAAGUUUGCUCAAGGCACAAACAUCACUACUGGAGUAGUGCUUGGCUUGCCAUUAUGUGACAUGGGAAGAUAAAGAGAAAUAUAGUAAAGAGAAUAUGUCGAACUUAAAUUUAUUCCUAUUUUCAAAGAUAAAUGUAUAAAUUAUAACAGUAUUGGGUACAGCUGCAUAUUAUUUUUGAGCUUCCCAAAAUGAUCUUAUUUUAAUUGUUACUAGGGAAAUACGUCAGUCAUUGUAAAAAGAGAAAAUGUAAAGGUAAGCAGUGAAAUUAAGAUGAGAAAUAAAUGAAUAAAAUGA